UUAAACAUAUUUAGUUUACUCAGCUCGACUACACGCAGCAAAACUUUUGCAUAAAUUCCAACAAAAUUAUAGAGUAAAUUGAACAGAUUUCGGCCACAGUUUAUUAUACAAAUCCAAGUUAAAGAUGCAGAUGUGUUGUGAGCGCAUCUCAGCGGUGAUUGCCGGCGUUUUGGUUAGCCUCUGGUAUGGCAAGACCUUUGGUGAUGAGAAGAAGAAGGAGGAGGAGAAGAAAGCCAAGAAGAAGUAGAGGCCGAACAUUGCGCCGCAUUGUUUACUUAGAAGUUUCGGACAAUAUCAUAGCGAUGCUUGCGUGUAACGAGUGAAAACUAUCCAGAGCCUGAGCAGUAAACAAUUUAAGCAACAUAUAGGACGAAGGUUGGGCUCUAAGACGUAGAGAUGGCGAAAGAAAUUCCAAAAAAAAUACGGAAAAAGGAUUCUGCAUAAUCAUAGAUUAGCAUUCGGAAGUACAGUUAAUCGAUUGCCGAUAAUACGAUUGAAACGCUAAUAGAAAUUGUGCGGAAUCUUGGAAUGAAUGAAAAUGAAAAUGGAAUUGGUUUCGGUUCGAUCACAUCGCCCAUGCAAAGAACAUCUGUCAAACGAUUCACAUACAGUUUAUCGAACAACAUAUGAUAUUCAGUUCAACGCUUUAGAGUCAAAACAACAUUUAAACAGCAUUUAUCCAGUAUAAAUAAAUAUGCCAGAGAUGCGACGAUCUAUGUGUAGACCACAGCCGUCGUUGCUCUCGCGCUUGAAUUGUAAGCCAUGUAAUCAUGUUCUGUUCUUCAUGGUUGGGGUGGGACUCGGCACACUCUUCCUGCGGAGCAAAGAACAGAAUGCCGACCAGAAGGAAGAGAAAAAUUAAGCCCGAAGACUGACCAGCGCAUCCAGAGAGUAAUCGCUAUUUGUGACUGCCGUUUGCUCUACAUGGGGACUCCCGUCCGUGAGGAACGGGACACGAAUACAUGGUUAAUUCACUAUUUAUACCGUUGUAAAUGAAACUCAGAUUAAAAAGUUUCCGUAUCAAUGCAAA